AUGAUGCAUUGGCUAGUGGCGACGAUCCGCAUGUACCACUCUCAAGCAAGGUGUGAGCGGAAGCGGGACAAGGCGGUGACAGUUAGGCCCCAAACAGAUCGGGCGGUGGCCAAGGAAGCGCUGGCACGGGCGAUGCUGGGAAAGCUGGAGGAAAGUGAGCAGGCGCAGCACAAGCUGGGGCAUCCGAUCGAGAGGAGGUGGGUUUACAGAUUGGAGGAGGAGGAAGAAGUGCCGCUGCAGUACGCGGAUCAGGCGGAUAUAAGGUUGCCAGGCAUAAGAGAAGAGGCGGCAGUAGACAAAAAGAGGGAGGAUUUCAGCUGGCUCGAAGAGGCAAUUGAGCAACAGAGGAGCAGGGAGAGCUACGAGCGGGAGUUCGGCUCAUCAAGCCCAUGGGAAUUCGGUCUCAUGGAGAUGACAAAGGAGGAGGGGGACACGGAGGCAGAGCAGAGGAAGGGAGAAGGGUCUGGGGGCAAGCAUCCAGAGCUGAAUGAGCCAAGGACUGAAGCGGCGGGACCAGAGGCAGGAGGAGAGAAGGGAGGGGAACAGCGCAAGGCGAUGACAGUUAGGCCCCAAACAGAUCGGGCGGUGGCCAAGGAAGCGCUGGCACGAGCGAUGCUGGGAAAGCUGGAGGAAAGUGAGCAGGCGCAGCACAAGCUGGGGCAUCCGAUCGAGAGGAGGUGGGUUUACAGAUUGGAGGAGGAGGAAGAAGUGCCGCUGCAGUACGCGGAUCAGGCGGAUAUAAGGUUGCCAGGCAUAAGAGAAGAGGUGGCAGUAGACAAAAAGAGGGAGGAUUUCAGCUGGCUCGAAGAGGCAAUUGAGCAACAGAGGAACAGGGAGAGCUACGAGCGGGAGUUCGGCUCAUCAAGCCCAUGGGAAUUCGGUCUCAUGGAGAUGACAAAGGAGGAGGGGGACACGGAGGCAGAGCAGAGGAAGGGAGAAGGGGUCUGGGGGCAAGCAUCCAGAGCUGAAUGA